UCUUACCCAUUCAAAUUUCAAAACUUCCAAAUGCUGUCUAAAGGAAAAGCCUGCCAUAUUUCUCGCAAACUCUCAGCUUAAAAUUAAACCCAUGCUCCCUAAUUUCAUUGAUAAAAGAGCUUUACUUUGCAAUUACUUAAUCUCAUCUUUCUCUCCUUCAACCUUUCAUAACCCAAAUUCAUACUUCUGUUUGUCCUUAAAAAUUUUAAAAAUCAGCUUGAACAAAUGAAAAAAGAGACCGAGAAACCUAAGGAAAUUAAACCCAAAAAAUCUAAGUUCUCUGAUCAAAAUCAGCCACCAAAGAAUGUUAAAUCAGGCAAUAAUUCUUCUUCCUCCAAGUUGAAAUCGGCUUCAUCAUGGGGUUCUCAUAUAGUCAAGGGUUUAGGAGGAGAGAGAAAAAGCAAGUUUCAAACAACAACAAUGACUGCCAACAAAUUAUCUGGGUCAUUUGAUUCUCAAAACAACCUAGUUGGGAAUCGACCUAUUUCGAGUAAGGUAAAAGGAAGAGGUUUGAUUGGUGAUUUAUCUUGCUCUGUUGUGGCAACCCAAGUUCACCCUCAUGCUUUACAGGGCACUACUAAUAAUAAUAAUAAGGUCAAGGUUUCGUCGUCGCAAGAUUUGUUUGUUGAGAUUGAAAAUUUAAGGACCCUUUUGAAAGAAUCUAAGCAGAGGGAGUUUCAAUUGCAAUCUGAGUUGUCAGAAACUAGGAAAAAUCAGAAGGUUUUGGAAUUGGAGAGAGAAGUUGAGGGUAAAAAAAACGAGGUUGAAAGCCUAACCAGGAAAAUUAAAUUCUUGGAAUCUGAUAGUAAAAAUGGAAUUGGUGGGAGAGACGAAUGUGAGAAGGACGGUUUCAAUGAAAAAUCGAAGAAGCCAAAAAAUGUGGAAAUGGAAGUGGUUGAACUCCGGCGUUUGAACAAGGAGCUGCAGCUUCAGAAAAGAAAUCUUUCAAGUAAAGUAACUUCCCUGGAGUCUCAGCUGUCAAAUUUUGCAAAAGUUUCUGAGAAUGAAAACAUGGGGAAAAUAAAAGCGGAGGCAUCAUUGUUGAGGCGUACAAAUGAAGAUUUGUCUAAACAAGUGGAAGGGUUGCAGAUGAGUAGAUUGAAUGAGGUUGAAGAGCUUGCUUACCUAAGAUGGGUUAAUGCCCAAUUACGCAAUGAACUUGGAACAAGUCCAUGUUUACAUGCUACUUGUGAUGUCGAAUUGAGCUCUAAUUCAGAAGAAAUUUCGACUCCAUUGGCUGGAUUUCCUCAUGAAAUUCUAGAAUGCAGCAGUGGUAAGAGAUUGAGUGUUGUAAAGAAGCUAAGUGGUUUAGAUUGUUCAAUCAAUUCGAUGCUUGAGAAAAGGUGGGAGGGACACUUAGAGGAGACUAGUUCAGGAAGAAGACACUCUAUAAGUGGAUCAAAAUGCUGUGAUGAAGAUUUUAUGGUAAAUAGAAGAAGACAAUCACAGGGAUUUAUGUGCUUAAAACAAGUGGACUAUAAGGUAAAUUCAGAUGAGUCAAUAGAUUAUCAAAAGCAAGAAACUAUUAAAGUUGUUUUCCCUACAGAAGUUGAGAAGAGAGCCUUAAGGAUUCCAAACCCCCCUCCAAGACCUUCAUCAGGAAAGUCUAAUGAGGCAAAAGAAGUCAGUGAUGGUCAUAGUCCUGUGGCACCCCCACCUCCUCCACCACCUCCCCCGCCUCCUCAAAGGCUUUCAGUAGGAAGUAAUGUAGGAGCCGUGCAACGUGCACCACAAGUGGUGGAAUUUUAUCAUUCAUUAAUGAAGAGAGAUACACAUAGAGAUUCAUCUGGAGGAGCAACAUCUGAUUCCCCCAAUUUAUCAAGUGUUCGAAGCAACAUGAUAGGAGAAAUUGAGAAUCGGUCUUCCUAUUUGCUUGCUAUAAAAGCAGAUGUUGAGACACAAGGAGAAUUUGUCAAUUCAUUGAUUAGAGAAGUUAAUACUGCUGUGUAUCGAAAUAUAGACGACGUUGUUGCAUUUGUCAAGUGGCUGGAUGAUGAGCUCUGCUUCCUUGUGGAUGAAAGGGCAGUCUUAAAGCACUUUGAUUGGCCAGAAAAGAAGGCUGACACCUUGCGAGAAGCUGCAUUUGGCUACAAAGAUCUAAACAAGUUGGAGAUGGAAGUCACUUAUUAUCAUGAUGAUCCUCGGUUGCCCUGUGACAUCGCCCUCAGGAAGAUGGUUUCCUUGUCUGAAAAGAUUGAACGUACUAUUUACAAUAUUCUUCGAACAAGGGAACCGUUGAUGCGAAUUUGUAAAGACUUCCAAAUUCCUACAGAUUGGAUGCUUGAUAGUGGCAUCAUAAGCAAGGUAAAACUUGGGUCUGUAAAACUAGCAAAGAAAUACAUGAAUAGAGUGGCUACAGAACUCCAGUUGCGAUCAUCACUUGAAAAAGAUGUUGCUAUGGACUACAUGCUUCUUCAAGGAGUGAGGUUUGCUUUCAGAAUUCAUCAGUUUGCUGGAGGAUUUGAUUGGGAAACCAUGCAAGCAUUCGAGCAACUUCGUAAACUUGCCCAUGCACUUGACAAAAGAUAAACAGCAGAAGUUUUGCCCACUAUACAAGUUUGUUAUCUUUCCAUAAAUCUAAUCAUUAAUGUACAUUUUAGGAUUUUACUAUUGAAAUUUUCUUUAGAGGAUGUCGUAAGGUAUCUUAGUGAGCUUUUCAGCAGAACUAUUUUGGAGGUCUUAACCCCAUCUUUUGUGUAACUAACUAGUGUGAAAUCUAUUGUACUCAUACAGAAGAUGCUUUUCCUAAUGAUAUACUCCGUACAGAGACAUUUUUGCAA